AUGCUUAUCAACAAUAGAGGCAUCAUCGUCAAGAGCUCGCUCACGAAGACGACGAAGGCAUAUAUUUUGCGCCAGUUGGAAGUCAACACCGUGGGCCCGUUCCUUGCCACAAAGGCGCUCAUGCCCAACCUAAAGCUUGCGGCCAAGCAAAAUGAUCUCAUGAUUGCCGCCUUCCUCUCAACCAAGAUUGCCAGUAUUCAGCUCAAUAAGCAAGGUGGAUACCAUGCAUAUCGCGCGUCAAAGACGGCCCUCAACGGAAUCGCCAAGACGCUGGCUGUCGACAUGGAACCGCGUGGCAUCUCGACUGUACUCCUGCGCCCAGGCUACGUCAAGACUGACUUCACGGGCCACAAAGGCGACCUGUCGGCCAAGGAAAGUGGCGAUUGA